UAGUCAUCGUACUUCGCUCUUUUCAUGAUGGCGGGUACGGGUGUCACCGUCAUGUUGCUUCUACUGUCUCUGUUAUUGAGUAUCCCAAUCAAUGCACAGAAAAACAAUUGCAGUUUUGCGCCCGUCAACCUUCCCAUACGACUGGUAGGGCUGCCGAAUCAAGGCUUCACGCGAGGAGCUUACCUUGCGAUGGGAACUCCUCGACAGAACUUCAGUGCCUUGCCUAUGGCGGAUGUCAACAACACCUUUCUCUAUCAUCAAGACGACAAAUGCCAACAUACCGAAGCGGCAUGCAUGACGUAUCGAGGAGGAUUUUUCGAGCCCGAGAACUCCCCUACCUAUGUUAACCAGAGCGCUCCCAAUGUCAACCUUAAUCCAUACUUCGAGAGCUCCGAAAAACUCACCGACGGAGGAACCCUUGCCCAGGACAAGCUUACGCUGCUCGAUAAUGUGACUAUCUCAGAUUUUCCAUUUGGCCUCGUCAACCAAAGUGUCAAUACGGGAAGACUCACAAACGCCGCCGGGAUCGCAUCUAUUGGUCUUGGGAGGAAUUCGACAAUAUUGUCCUUGCUGAAGAAAGCUGGUACAAUUGGUUCAAAGAGCUAUGGCUUUUGGUGGGGUCAAGACGGAGCAACAGCACCGGCGCGGAUGAAUGGAAAUUUGGUCCUAGGAGGCUAUGAUCGAGCCAAGAUCAAGGACAUGUCAAAUAAUCACACAGACAGGCUCACAGCACCAGGAACCUGCACACAGGGCAUGCUCAUUACCUUUACCGAAAUCAAACUAAACUUCCCAAAUGGGUCGGAACCGAACCUCCUGGAUCAAUUCAUUGGCGGCUAUAACCUCCAAGCAUGUAUCUGUACUUCUUGUGCAAUGGUCAUGUCUAUGCCUUUGGAUCCUUAUUUUUCACGUUGGGUGGACUGGACAGAAGCCGUCCCUGUCGGCCGCUCUGUUGGAAUCAACUUCUUCACCAUGCUGUAUGCUGGUGGUGAGGCAUAUCAGGGGGACCUUACCUUUACAACCGACGCUGGUCUCUCCAUACGUAUUCCGAACAGCCAGCUAGUUCUUCCAGACCUCACUAUUGCGGACGACGGAAGCAUCGCUACCAAUACCAGUGUGCAAGAUCUCAUGAUUUACAGUCUUCAAGAUGUAAACAAAAAUGAUAUGCCACGCAUCGGCAGAUAUUUUUUCACGUCAGCUUACUUGCACGUCAACAACGAGGCCAACACAUACACAAUAUGGGAAGCAAGUCCGACUACAAAUACCGACGUAGUAGCCGUCUUGGACGAUGACGUGGCAAAAGAAUGCAACGUCGUCCAGCCGAAGGCCACCCCCGCAGAAUCCUCUGCAUCGGUCCCAAGUAGUACCUCGUCGCCCACUGGAAGUCCAUCCCCUAGCAGCUCCACAUCGAAUAAGUUAACAGCCGGAGCUAUUGCUGGUAUCAUCGUGGGAUCGGUGGCAGUAGCAGGCCUCAUUGCUGUACUGUUGUGGCGGGGCCAUUCCAGACGGAAACAAGAGAGGGCAGAUGCAGCUGCGCAAGCCAAUGCCGCUCUCGACGUUUCGCCUCCAUACCAAGAAGCUGUGCAUACCACUAUGGUGGAAAUGUUCGGGCAUGAGCCGCCAGAGGUGAAAGGGAGUGUGCUGCCACCACAGGAACUUUGGCCAGGGAGGCAGAAGUACGAACCGGACGUGCACGAACUGGGAGCAUAACGAGACCUGGAAUUCGGUUGAUAUUAAUCUACAGGAAACAUGGGCGGAGCCUUUUGCUGCAUAUCUUUGUUUCUUGAGCGAUUGCAUGAUAUUAUCUGAAUACCCGUCAUGGUUAUAGGCACAAAAAUAGAGGAUUCGUUUAAAUAGUCGUCUUAUUGUCAAGUCAAUACAUUAAUAUCAUGGAAACGAAAAAUCUAGAGCGACUCUUGUAUUGCUGAUGAGCCACCGAGACCUGCAAAAUCCAAUGGUGGUGUGCUUCCUAGUAGAGCUUCGGCGAAAGCCAUGCUUGAUCUCGGAUGGGUGAAAGAUCUAGAUAUUCUAGUCUAGGAAAAGCAUAAACAGGGCCACAGAGGAAGAGGAAUGGAACGGGUACUUGCGUGUUGGCGUUUUAAGAGGGCCCUAUACCGGUCCAUUGGAAAUGGCCCCAUCCAGGGAGGAUGCGGUGAGGACCGUUGCCGCCCAUGAGGCACAGCAGCGGUUUCCGAAACCAAACG